AUGUCCGUGUUUGCGUUCAAGCAAUUUGUACCGCGGGUACCUUCAAGUUUGGUGUUGCACAUGUACGAAGAAAUAUUUUAUAGGGCGGUGCUGGAGGUUGACAGGGAGACGAACCCAGCCAGCAUAUUGGUGGAAGCUGUCACAACGCAGAAAGAUAACACCAACCCCGAAGGCAUCUCCCAUUCCAUAAGACUCUACCUCCGCGGGCCCUUGAGGCAAAAAAAUUUUUAUGUAUACGGUGGAUCUGCCAUACUUACGGCACCUUGCAGCUUCGAGUUCAGCUACAGGGCAAAAAAGUAUAAAGAUGCCGAAUACACACUUCCUCCCACACAACCUGCAACCAAGGGCUCGGCUAAGGUCAUGCCUUUUGAUCCCGAUUAUGUGAGUGUAGUAGUGUGCUUAUUAUGUUGUUUCGAAAAUAUCUUGAAAAUUUUUAAUGCUCUCAACAAUGUUUAA